AUGGUUUAUAUCGGGAUCCCCAAGCACUACACCCAGUCGCCGUCCUCUUUCAUGGGGACGCCGUCUCUGACGAUCAACCAUGAAGCGACCCAGGAUCUUGACUCCACUAACGCUUUCGAAGGACCCGAGAAACUCCUGGAGGUCUGGUUUGCGCCCUCCGCUGAGGAGCUGGGAUCCGCUGGUCCCGCUGGCCUGAAGGCCGUGCCCGAGGAAAUUUGGAAGGAUAUGCUCGAUCUUGUCAACUGCCAAGUGCUUUCCAUUGUGUCGUCCGAGGAUGUGGACGCCUACCUUUUGUCCGAGUCCAGCAUGUUUGUUUGGCCUCACAAGUUGAUCCUCAAGACCUGCGGCACCACCACCUUGUUGUCUGGCCUACCCCGUAUCCUCGAGGUCGCCACUCUGUUCGGCGGUUUCCCUCGCGCGACGGCGCCCUCGCGCGGCAUUUCCGUUGCCGCGGCGCCCUACCGUGUCUUCUACAGUCGCAAGAACUUCCUCUUUCCCGACCGCCAGCGCGGUCCUCACCGUAGCUGGAGAGAUGAGGUUCGGACCAUGGACCGACUGUUCUUGAACGGCAGCGCCUAUAUGAUUGGCAAGAUGAACGGCGAGCACUGGUACUUGUAUCUGACCGAGCCCAACACCAUGCUUACGCCUCCCGCCAGUCCCAAGGCGGAGGAUGAAGAGGUGACUGAAACCAAGAUCCUCAAUGUUCCCAGCCAUGCCGCCAUCCCGGGAGUCGAGGCGGAGGAUGAGACUCUGGAGGUGCUGAUGACCGACCUGGAAGAGGAGAACGCGAAGCAAUUCUACUUGGACCAUGCUACUGCAGUGGCCGAGAAGCGGUACCGCAACUUCGAGACUGACAACGACGACCCUGUGGAUGUGUUCAGCAACAACUCCGACAUGGACGAUGUGUCUUCCGACGGCAGCCGCAUUCUGCCCCCGGAGCUGACCACCGAGGGUCAUGCCUUGGGUACUGUGGUCUCGGAGUCCUGUGGCCUGUCUGAUGUUUACCCCAAGGCCAAAUUCCCCGAGUCCCGCAUCGACGCUUACUUGUUCACACCAUGCGGCUUCUCGGCCAAUGGUGUGAUUCCGUCGCCCGAUCAGAGCACUGGCACUCACUACUUCACGGUGCACGUGACUCCCGAGCCGCAGUGCUCGUACGCGUCGUUUGAGACCAACGUGCCUCAUUCGCAGAACGGACAGACCACGGCGAGCAUCAUCCAGCAAGUGGUGAGCAUCUUCAAGCCGGGCCGUUUCACGGUGACCUUGUUUGAGGCCAAGCCCGAGCUGCCCGUGGUUGAGGGCGAGUGGGACAGCAUCAAGGAGGCCAAGUACUUUGAGCGCCAGUUGCUGCGCCGUACCUCGAAGAUGGAGCAUGUGGAGGGAUACCGGCGGGUGGACCGUAUUGUGCAUGACCUGGACGGAUAUGACUUGGUGUUCCGCUACUACGAACGUCUUGACUGGAAAGGGGGGGCCCCUAGGCUCGGAGAAGAGCGCGUUUGA